AACAUGGCGACACAACAAACUGAAGAGGUGGAAGCAAUGGAAAAUGUGAACCGAACUUUGCAUCCUGGCUUCAGCAACGACAAGUAUUCUCUGCUUGUCAUUGUCGGUGAACAUAGUCGGACUGGACUUGUGGACUACGUGGUUGCAGAGAUAGAGAGAGGCAUCCGCUCAUGGGACGUGGACCUGACAGUCUGUAACCUGGAUGAGCAGCUCAAGCUAUUUGUGUCACGACACUCUGCCUUCUUCUCAGAGGAAAUAAAAGGUCAGAGGACACUGCAGCACGGUGGAGAUAUUCUGGAUACCCAGGUGAUGGUGAACCCAUCCCAUGAGUUGGUCUGCUCAGAGGUGCGCCGGCUUAUAUCUGAUGUGUCUCGCCACAAGUUGUUGGUUCUUGCUGGACAAUGUGUUGAAGAGGCAGGAGAUCUGGUCUUACAAACAGGAUGUUUUUCUCUGAGUGACUUCAUUCAGAUAUUUGCUGAUGAGGAGAUUGGAGAGUUGUUGAGCUCUGCAGACCCCACACAAAAAGCUAACCUCACGCUGAGUUGUCCCAACUCUGGGGUGUGGAAGAACUCUGUGUUGGAGAAACAUAACCUACAAGACUUCAUCAACAUCAAAACAAACCCACCAUCAGUGCUACCUGAAAUGGAAGGUCUGCAAGAGUUCACAGAAUACCUCUCAGAGUCCCUGGAGCCACAGUCUCCUUUUGAGCUGCUAGAGCCCCCCAGUACUGUGGGCUUCCUCAAACUCUCCCGCCCCUGCUGCUACGUAUUUCCAGGUGGGAGAGGAGACUCUGCCUUCUUUGCUGUUAACGGUUUCAACGUGCUGGUCAAUGGUGGGUCAGAUUCUCGCUCCUGUUUCUGGAAACUGGUUAGACAUUUGGAUAGAGUUGACUCCCUGCUCCUCACCCACAUUGGGGAUGACAAUCUGCCAGGGGUGAACAGUCUUCUCCAAAGGAAAGCAGUAGAACUGGAGGAGGAACAUUCUACUGACUCUCAGAUCAAUGAGGACUGGAUGAAAAAUCAAAUUUCCCCUGAGAUUGGGGUCGUUUUCCUUAAUGCUCCAGAGAGAUUGAAGUCAUUCCGGAGUGAUCCCAAAGAACUGCGGAGCUGCGACCAAGUGGCACUCACUUUGCAACACCUUGAAAGGCUAACAAUCAAUCCAGAACCUCUUAGUCGCUCAAAUGGACCCAGCAUUGAUCCUGUUAUUCUUUUCCAGAAGAUGGGAGUCGGUAGACUAGAGCUGUACAUUCUUAACCCAGUCAAAGGCAGUAAAGAUCUUGAGGCUUUCAUGAAGACCUGGCCCGGCAAUGGAUCUAACAUAAAAGGCUCAGAGAUGCCCCUGUCUUGCCUUGUCUCCAUCUCUGCUCUACUGGUGUGGCAUCCUGCCAGUCCUCAAGAGAAGAUCAUUCGAGUUCUCUUCCCUGGGUGUACUCCGCAGGCCAAGAUUCUUGAAGGACUUGAGAAAGUAAAGCAUCUAGAAUUCCUGAAACAUCCAGGCGUGAGCCUCAGGGACCUUGAAGCAUCCAAAUCAGAUAAACAACCAAAACGUGCAGAGAGUCGGGAGAGCCUUAAGUCCCUGCCCAAGGAUUCAAGACCUAGCAGUGCCUUGCUGAAGGACAAAGUUGGACGUGGGGAUGUUAAAAAACAAGACAUGAAGUCCAAACCCAAGGCUCCAAGUGACAUUGCUAAUAAAGAUUGGAAGGAAGGGGAAGAUAAGUCCAAAUUGAAGGAUGGGGAUGCUAAACAAAGGCCUCCAAAGGCUGAAAAGCUUAUGCCAAAGAAAGAACCUUUAAAGGAUGAGAAAAAAGAAGUAAAAAAGGAUGAGAGAGCCUCCACAGGUGUUGUCAAAAAGGAAGAUAAUUUGGAGAAAAAGAAAGAACCAGUUAAGAAAGAAACUCUUGGUCCAAGACCAAAGAAAGACAUCAAACAUGAUCAAAAGAAAGAUAUCAAGAAGGAGGUAAAGCCAGAGGAGAAGAAACCAACAAAACCUCUCAACAAGGAUGUCAAAAAAGCGACAACUGGACCUUCAUUAGGAAACGCAGAGGCAAAAAAGCCCUUAGUCAAGAAUGGAACAUUGAGGAAGGACGCAAUCCCCAAGAAAGACUCAUUGAACAAGGCGGCAAAGCUAAAGACGGAUAAAAAGGAGCCGGAGAAUCAAAAAGCUUCUGCCUCUGAGGGGGAUGCUGAUCGUUCCAAAAUGUCAACGCCUGAAGACAUGACAGCGGAAUUCGAGAACCUCAGAGCAGAAAAUGCAAAGUCAGAGAAAAGGACUGCUGUUGUAGUGAACACUAUAGCGGACAUUGAAGGAAUAGAGCAACCUGCGACAGAGAAGGGAUCAAGAGCAAAUGUAGAGAGGGGGGACAUCUUGGAAAGUCCACAAAAGUUCACCUGCAUGGAGACAAUGCCAAAUCCAGAGAAAGCCCUGGGAACCACUUUGCCUCUUGACAAAACUCCUAAAAGUGACCACAGCGUGAACUUUGAUCUCACACCAACUGAAUACAGGCUACUUGAUGGGGCCCUGAGAAAUGGGCAAGAAGAUGUUUGCGCUAGCUCAGAUGAGAAGACUUUAGAGUUGGUCUCCCCUGCCGACUCAGCCCCUAAUAGCGCUGGGCAUACCCCUUUCCACCAAUCACCUGAAGAGGAUGCUCAGGGCUCUGGUGAGGACAGUAGUCUCGGGGGAAGGGUGCCUAGCCUUGGGUUUGAAGACUGCCACGUCAUGGGUUCUUGCAGGAACUCCGAGGUAGGCUCCUUGAGGGGGAACCUAGAAAACUCCACAUCGUCCCAGGACAAACAAUCAAGUCUUUUGACACUGAGUCCCUUCAUGCUGCCUGACUCUGUCUCACCCAAUAUUACCUCCAUGCCUGCUGAAAUCGGUUCCCCACACUCGACAGAAGUUGACGAGUCUCUUUCCGUGUCUUUUGAACAGGUGCUCCCAUCUAUUGAUGAGUCACCCAAGGGAGACCAUAUGGACAGGUCCUACUCAAACAGGCAUAUUGCCGAUUCUUACCCCAAAAUGGGGAUGUCCUUACCCUUGAGUACAUCUCAUAACAUGCGUCCACCAGGGGAUGGCUCAGAGGAACGCCUUCCUGGACUACAUGGUCUUCUCCCUGACGUUCCCCAUGACGUCGACCUCUGCCUGGUCUCACCCUGUGAAUUCAAGCACUCAAAGUCCCCAGAGAACCAACAGCAGCAUCUGUCUCUAGGGCUAGCCACGGGUAGCCCGCGAGAACUCUCUGAAGACAGCAACCACUCCCAGGAGCUACUUAAGCCACAAAGCGGAAUUAAUAGUGAUCGACAUUCACCUCAAGGCCAGGAGACUCCUCCCACGUCUGCUAGUGAAUCCCUCAACACAGCCACAGAUUCAGACAUACCCCCAGGGACUGAGGACUGCCCUUCCAUCACUGCAGACAUGGACUCAGACGAGGACUCUGGGAGUUUCCCGCCCCACCAUCCACAUGACCAUCCCAGCUCUUACUCCUCCAACAGGGGAGCACAAUAUUCCUCUCAGGACCCUCCCCCAGCCCCAAUGAAGGAUCUGCCCCCCUUGCCGCCCCAGCCCGGUACCUGCAUGAAUGACCCUGAGGCUGAUGUGCCAAGCAAGACCUCAAAGAGUGCCGCCACAAAAACCAAGAAACCAGCCGGGGUCACACAGAGGUCAAUGUCAGCCACCAGUACAGCUCUGAACAGCAAGACCAAGGCUGGCAGCACAACAGGUACAUUGAAGACCACCUCAAGCCUUGACACAAGGCCUUCAUCCCGCAAUACCACUAGUGGCUCCAGACCUGGAACUUCAAAGUCAGUUUCUUCAGGUUCUCUGGGCAGUAAGGUCAGUGCAGCUGGAAGUGCACCAGUUUAUUUGGACAUGGCUUAUCUCCCCUCUGGUUGUGCCUCUGCCACCGUUGACGUGGAGUUCUUCCGACGCCUGCGCUCCUCCUGCUACAUUGUUAGUGGCGACGAGCCCCUGAAGGAGUCAGUCAUGAGACCCAUUCUCGACGCUCUACUGGAGGGAAAGACUGCCUGGCCCGAUGUGCAGGUGACCCUGAUCCCCACCUUUGACUCGCUGACGAUGCACGAGUGGUACCAGGAAACCCAUGAGAGGCAGAGAGAGCUGGGUAUCACCGUGUUGGGCAGCAACAGCACUGUGGCCAUGCAGGAGGAGACCUUCCCUGCCUGCAAAGUUGAGUUCUGAGAGGAGUGAAACAAGAUGAAGCUACACAUCCCUGCCCUCUCACCCACCAAAGUAUCUCACCUCCUUCACCUUCUCUUAAAUUGUGAUGGACUAAUUUCCCCCAUCUACAGCUGAUGAUUUCCCACCCUAGCAUGCUUCAAGUAUAGCCUGGUGGAUUAGCAGGCCUUGCUCAUCCUUUCAAUCUUAUCAAUAUAAAAAAGACCCCAGCAAACACUCUGACCCAUCUUUGUCUUGGGUACGUCUAUGCCAUGGAAAUGAAGGCAGAACAUGAAUAUGUCCAAGAGUCUUUGGUCUACCAACAUGAAGAAAGGUUGUUCAUUAUGAAUGCUAGGUAAGGUGGAGCUUGUAGACUGUCUAUAGUAAUCGAAGGUCCUCACAUUUCUUACCAUUAGCCAGGUAGUUGUGAUCCAAAUCCGUGACAGCUCAAAGGAGACUAGUCGACAGCUGUAGGAAACCCUCUGCCUCAAUGGGACUGAACUCAUGAGUUCUUCCUUCAACGAUUAUUUCAUCCGUAUAACAUUUCAUAGGUAUAUUUAGGCCUACACCCAUUUGCACAGUUAUCAAUUUCCAAAGACAAGGGAACCACAGUGAGUGAAGGAGUGUUACAAUAGAAUAUGAUGUUAAAAGGCAGAGGGUGUGUGUGAGGAGGUGAAUAUGGGACAGAUGUCUCCUGGUGCACUGGUAAAACAUGGAGACCUCAGCACUUACUGAAGGACAACAUGUUUCUGCAUCCCAUUUUAGUUUCAUAGACGGUCUAUGAACAUUGAGGAGAUGGCCGAUGUCUUUGCAGGUAAUGAUAUGCAUGUGAACAGAAGAAUUACCCCAACAUUGACAAAAGUGUCCAAGUUUCAAUAAAUCGUUUUUUGUAUAACAUUUAUAUCAGUCACUUUAACCCUUCAUGUAGAGUACAUACUGUAUGGGGAUACACUUUUGACAUUGUCUUUUUAAAUGAAAUAACUAGGUAAAUUCUAGGUAAUGAUUUGUACUAAAAUGAAAUACUAAUACGUAUUGGUUGAUGGAAGGCAAUAAAAAAUGCAGUAUUUUAUGUACAAACUCAUUACUGAAUUACAGUUUUACUACUUAGUAGUUAUUUCAUUAGAAAGGACACGGAAUGAAGUGUAAACCCUACAGUAUAUUUCCACACUAAUAAAUCAGUUUUUUGUGAAACACUGUCUACCGCCGGCAGGUCUAGCAUUUCUGAUUAUGACAAGUCAGGUCAAGAAAAUCCUAACACUCAAUCUUGUUUGUAUUCAAUAAUAUUUUGCAUUGGUGCCCAGGAUAUCAACUGUAUCCAAACCCAUAUUUGAGUCCCUCUCCAAGACCAGAUUUUCUUCUAAUUGUAAAUAUACCAUAUCAAUGGGACCACUGUAUGUCACAUAGAGGGUAAGCUUCACUGAAGAGGGAUACUUAGAUAUGCUAAUAGGGAAGUCAUGAGAAAUACUUUGCAAGACAUUACAUACAUCUCAGUGGUUUAUUAUUGUGCAGAAGUGAAUAAAUGCUAAAACAGAUGUUUAACAAGAAAGAAAAAUCUGUUAUAUCAGCAAUCGUUUAUGUAUUCAGUUAAUAGCAGUAGAAUGUACAGUAGACGGCUUUAUCUGUGAAUGUGGACGCCUUUAGCCUCUUAUCAAAACAGAUUGGGUCCAAAUGCACCAAUGCUUGCACUACCAUGCCCACAACAUUACUUGUGGACCAAGCACUCACUGUGUUAUAAUGCUCUUUAUUGCUAAGGAUAUUUUCAUUUUAUUCAAGAAGAAGGAAUAUGAAAGGAUUUUAACAUUUAUUAUUACUUGAGUUGGAUAACUCUUAUUCUUAGAACAACUUUAUUUUUUUUCUACAGUUGAGGUGAUAAUUUUUGUUGCAUGCAGAGUUAUACAAGCAUACAGAUCUCACAUUGUCUUUAGUUUCUAAGUUCUAAUUGAAUAUCAGUUUUAUGUAAUAUCACAUCUGGUAUUAAAGCAAACUAAUGCCGUGGCUCAUCCAGAGCACACUGUACAUUUGAAGACGUCAUCAUGUGAAAGGGUGUGUGCAGCCAGCCACAUUUAGGCAGAUUAUAGAAUUCCAAUUAUUUCAUACAGAAAAAUGUCAAAUCCUUUAUCUUAUCAAUUCAUUAACAAUUCUAUUUAUUCAUUUUUCCUAAAUUAUUGAGUUAUCUUUAUAUAUAUAUAUCAAUAAUGUGGUGUAGCUACUUUCUAAUUUGCAAACCUUUGGUUAGCAACCGGCUGCUCACAUGAUAUCAUAAGCCAAUGGCAGGACAGAGCAAGCAGAACCGAUCUCACUUUGUUCUUCUGAAAGAACAGCAUGGUUUUUUUGGUAUUAGCCAUAAGUCUGAGUAAAAAUGAUUGAAAAUAGAUUGCAUUGCAUUGUAAAGAUAUGUCCAUUUAACAUGUGCCAUUUAUGUCACAGAUUUUGGACUCUGAAUGCAUUGGGUUGGAUAUUGUGUGGCUCUUACGCCCUCUGCUGUCCAUAACAUUUCUUGGCUAGCUGUUCUUAAAGCUGUAUUCAUAGAUAAUUACAGUUCUCUUGUGGCCAAAAGGAUAGCAUGGGCAGGGCCAUUGAGAGAUUCCACCAUUUUAAUGUAGUCAACUGGAUGGGAUUUCCAACUUCAUUGGUUGAUCCCUCUUGGUGACCCUGUUGAAGUCAUGUCCAAUUGGGUCAUCAGGAGGGAUCUGUCAAUUGUGAAGAAGAAGAAAAUUGUCAGACUCUAUAAUGGCAAAGAUACAAAGAUGAGUCCUCCAUCUCUGUAGAUGUGUGUAUUUUGAAAGCAAUGUUCAGUGGUAUAUUUGGCUCAUUGGAAUAGUUCUAAACAUUGGCCCUGUAUUUCUGUGCCUCUGUUUCAUCCCUGCUCCAUUAUAAUAAAAUAAUUCGAAUGAGAUACCUCUGUCAUAAUACAAGUGACUGUAGCACAUAACAAAUGUUCCAAUCUGUAAAUCAGGCCCCAAAAUAAAUAAACACAUUUUAAAUUAAUAUGCUCUUGCUCUUUGGACAUUUUGGGAGUUAGUACAUCAUUUCUUUAAUGCUAUAUGUUUUUUUUGUGCUAUAUUCUUCAUAGUUAUAUACACCUCUUUUCCCCUGCACUUAUAAAUGUGUGUUUGUCUAUGUCCAUACCCUGUUGGUGGUUCACACAUCACACUUGCAAGUUUCGGGACUUCACCCAGUAAAUGUUAUGAAUGUUGGUCAAAUUUUCCAAAGACUGCUAGUUUCCCCAGUGUCAAGUGGGUGGGGGGGUUAGUUGGAUAAUGACAGUGGAUAGAUAGAUAAUUCAGUAUAGAAACACUAAUUUUAGUUUUUUGCUUUUUCAAUAAAUAUACCCCUUUUUAUAAAUCUG